UUGAUACAAGCUCGACCACUCAUAUAAGUGACCUAAAUUCGCUAACUCAAGACAGCCAUUUUGAUGAGAUAUUAAAAAUUAAUGAUCAAGUCAAAUUUAUUUGGAUUCUUUUAAUUGAUGAAGAUUCAAAUGAAAACUCUUGUCACAUGAAAAAUAUUCUUCAAUAUUAUAAAAUAUUCUAUACCUUCAAUCUUGAUUAUUUUUCAGUUCAAACACAUGUAUCUAGUCAAUUAGCGUAUAACCCUAUUGAAUGUAGUAUAAUAACGCUCUCUCAAAAACUAGAUGGAAUAAUAUUGCCAAUCAAUAAGUAUAGUUCUCAUCUUAAUUCUCAAGAUCAGGUAGUUGAUUUGAAGCUUGCAAUGAAGAACUUUCAUUAUACUG